AUGGGUUGUGGCAAUUCCUCAGCCACCAGCACCUCAGGAGGGGGGCCAGCAGAAGCCUCCAAAGAUGUGACAGAAGAUCCCUUGGCAGAAGAUGAGAAAAGAAGGAACUAUGGUGGCGUAUAUGUAGGUCUGCCAGCGGACAUGACCAUUGUCGCUGAGAGUCAGUCCAAGUCCACACGUAAAGAGCAAGGAUGUGGACAGCUUGCAGAGGCUCUGAGGAUGCUGCCUCACGGAGUCAUAGGUGGCACAGUGAUGCAGGGACGCACUGCGGAGAUCUGCUUACGGCAUCCAUAA